AUGCGUCGAAAUAAAACUUUUAGGACAACUGUUUGGGAUCCAAUUCUCAUUGUUUCUCAGAUUAUUGCGUUACAAACAUUAUAUUAUACUUCGAUUUCUACGAUUGCAUUGUUUACGUUAUUAAUAUCAGGGAAUGAUAUAACGUUAGAUCAUCUAUUUGACUAUAGAGAGUUUAGAACUGAUACAGUACUAGGUUGGACUUUAGGCUUCGCAUGGCUUUCAAAUUCAAUUGUUGGGUAG